AUGGACCCCGUAUCGCCCGUUUCGCUUACGAAUGAGUGCCUGAGCCUGAUCAGCGCAAUCACCAAGAUCACCGUUACGAUUCCUGGCUUCAUUCGCAAGUGCCGGGAUGCAAGGGGCGAUCUGGUUGCAGUCAGUGGCGACCUAUCCCAGCUCGCAACGAUCCUCGAAAUUUACAAGCAUGACUCGAGCGUUAUGGACCAUGAAGCGGUGCCGAGAAAUCUCCAAGGGUCUAUCCAAUCCAUCAUGAGAGAAUGCUUUAAAUAUCUGGAAGAGUUCGAUCAAGUGCUCGCGGAGGCGACGAAGAGCAACGGGCUCGUUGGGGUUGUUGUCAUGUGGGUUAAGGACAGCGAGAGUAGAGUGGCAAGCAUCUGCAGCCGUCUGAGCUCACGUCGGCAACUGCUGAGUUUCACAAACGACCUGAUUCACAUUCUCCGCGAAAGUGUUGUGAUCUUGCAGAGCCAAAUCCAACGGCUCUUUGAUCAAAUCGCAAAACAGAACCAGAGCACACUCGUUAUCGACGACUUCAUUGCCUCUAUUGAACCAUACGCCGAGAGUGUGAUGGACGACCUCGAAACCAGGCCCAAGAUCGAGGAAGGUGUGCCCGUAACAAGCCGCGGAAAUACUAUGCCUGCUACCCGGGAACUUUCCAAGGCUGUUCCCAUUGCCUCGCCAUCCAGCCUUGAAGGUUACAACGUCCCUGUUGAUUGCUCCAGAGCUUCCGGACCAGUCGAUGUCGCAUCGCGGCAGACCACAGAAAUAGCCCGAGGCCAGGGAUUGACAGGUGUUCCCUCUCUCGUCAUACAACCUGCGGGAACCUCAAGCUACGGCGAUACCUGCAACUCCAAGAAUCACCCCUCGCAACGCUAUUCCGAAGACCUCACAGAUCUAAACGAUGGUUUUGAUUCAACAACCUUGGGACCUGGAAGUGUAACUUCCAUCAAUGUCGAAAGCUUUGCCGACAGGCACUACUUCGCUGUGUCUACGUGCAGACCGAGACCCCCAGCGACGUUUUACACCGACGAAUAUACUUCGGAAUCGCGUCACCAGGAACAGAAAGUCAUUCAUUUCCAGGUCAGCCCGAAUGGGCGGUACAUAUUACUCAUUCGCCAGCCGAGGAGGUCAAAGAGUACGAGUGAGCAUACGCCGGUGGGCGAAGAAGUCGACCCAUCUCAAACGCCGGUGCGCGAAAAAAUCUACCCCGAUCUCUCGAAUCGACCUUCUACACCUCCAGGUUCAAGUUCCACCACAGAUGGGAUACUGAUAACUCGAAUCGAAGUGGAGACUGAAUCCGUCCAGACAUAUGUGUUUCGGCCUCGCGUAUGGAGCUUCAGCGAGGGAAACUUCUCAGUGACACAGGACUGCCGGUAUCUGGCUUACGUCAAUGCUCCAACAGUCCGCAUCUUCGACAUUGUGUCCAGAAAGGGCGUGCUGGAAAUCCAAGAUGAGGACUUGGUACCAGGGGUUCAGGCGCCUCUCGUCUCUUGCAGCCAUGGGGGGGAUAAGAAUAUCCUCGCUGUCGCUGUAGGUAACAUGGUGAAACUGUGGGAGAUCAACGAUAAAGCCGAAGAGGGGAAACAGGAGGAACGCACUCGCAGCGUGCCAGAUAAGUGA